AUGGAAGAAAGUUGGUCGAAUUGCAGAAAUGUCGCCAACUUUGUGAAUUUUUCAGUGAACCCUUUGCAAAGUUCACUAGCUUUCUCCAACUCUUCGUUCUCCUCUGCUUAUGCUACUGUUACCAGCUCUCAAGAGACUCGAAAAGAGCAAGCUUUCACAGUCUCUUACCUCGUUGAUUCACUGGGUCUAACCACAAAACUCGCGGAAUCGAUCUCAAAGAAAGUCACUUUCGAGGAGAAACGAAACCCAGAUUCCAUUCUCAACCUUCUCAGAGCUCAUGAGUUCACAGAUUCUCAAAUCUCCAGCAUCGUUACGGAUUAUCCACGGCUGCUCUUAUUAGACGCUGAGAAAUCAGUCGCUCCCAAGCUUCGUUUUCUUCAGUCCAGAGGAGCUUUAAACUCCGAGCUCACAGAGAUCGUUUCUUCAGUUCCUGAAAUCCUGGGAAAGGACAGAUCUUUCGUUGUAUAUUAUGAUUUCGUCAAAGAGGUGAUUGAAUCUGAUAAGAGCUCUUCUUCUUCUUCUUCUUCUUCAAAGUUAUGUCAUUGUUUGGCUCAGGGAAGUAAGCAAGAGAACAAAAUCAGAAACUUGUCUGUUUUGAGAGAAUUAGGAAUGCCUCAGAAACUUUUAUUCCCUUUGCUCAUCUCUGAUUCGCCGCACGUUUGUGGGAAAGAGAAGUUCGAAGAGUCACUCAAGAAGGUCGUUGAGAUGGGUUUUGAUCCGAGAACGUCAAGGUUUCUGGAUGCUCUGCGGACUGUUUACACGUUGAAGAAGGAAACGAUGGAAGAGAAAGUCAACGUGUAUAAAAGGUUAGGGUUUGAGGAAGGAGAUGUUUGGGAGAUGUUCAAGAAGUGGCCGAUCUCUUUGACUCACUCGGAGAAGAAGAUCAAACGGAAGUUCGAAACUUUAAGGAAAUGUGGACUAGUUGAAGACGAGAUACGUUUGAUUUGCAAGAAGUUUCCGCAAGUGAUUGGUGUGUCAGAGGAGAAGAUUGAGAGCUCGGUUGAGACUUUUUUAGGGAUAGGGUUAAGUAGAGAUGAGUUUGCGUUGAUGUUGAAGCGUUAUCCUCCUUGCGUUGGGUUGGCUAGAGAUACCGUGGAGAAGAAGGCAGAGUUUUUUGUGAAGAAGAUGAAGUGGAGAUUGAAGGAGUUGGUUUCGAAUUCUCAGGUUUUUGGAUAUAGUAUGGAGAAGAGGAUUGUGCCGAGGUGUAAUGUAAUCGAAGCUCUCUUGUCUAGAGGAUUGCUUGGAAGUAACGUCCCUGCAUUGUCGUCUGUUUUGGUUUGUACGGAUCAGAGUUUCUUGAAAAAGUACGUGAAGAAGCACGACGAUGAUAAGCAGCUCGUGCUUGUGUUAAUGGAUGUCUUUCAACAGAGAGAGACGAGAACAUAG